AAUAGGUCCUGUCAGAAAGGGUCGUGCAUUCGCGCUCCACUCGAAGGCGAUAAACAUUUCCUCAACCACGGGUCUUUCUUUCUAGUUCUUCAAAGCUCCUCGUCACGUCACCACAAUUUCGCUUCCUCUCUCCCCCAUCGAGCCCGUCGCCCACAAUCUCGCCGUGUAGUGUACACUACUCCUUCCUCGACGUUCUCCGAUAUCGCCCUUAGAGAAUGUGGCUGGCCGACGUCGUUCACACCUCCCGCUGGUUUCCCGCUAGGACUAGCGUCGUGUCCCUUUGAUUGAUUCCACAGGUACUACAGUCAGCAAGCGCAGAGCAGUCACUCAGAAACUGUGAUAGCAAAACUUCUCCCCCCCCCUGCGUAGUACGGCAUAGCCGGCCUGAAUGGAAGGGGCAUCUCGCCGCGAUUGGCGGCGCGCGUCUUCCCGCGAGUCGCGUGUGCGAGCAGCCGCCUCGAGGUGGGCCGCUGACCAUCAACUCCAUGGCACCGUUGCCUCGCAAGUUGCCUCGCCACCACCAUCCCAAGUAUUCUCAUCAGCGUCAGAACCAGCAGCAGCAGCAGCAGCAUCGGCAUCCCCUCGACAACCUCGCGGGUCCCCGCCGGCGCGAUCGCGUCUACGGCUGGGGUCGUCGUGGGCGGCGCUCGUGCUGCUGCUGCUCGUCUGCUCGACAUCGCCGCUGGCCCUCGCAGCAGAUGGCAGCAGCCCCAGACGAGCCCUCUUGCAGCAACUACCUCCUCAGUCGGAGAUUAUCCUGGCGGCGGUGUUGGGGUCGCUGCUCGUGGUCGUGUUCGUCGUCGCCAUCGUCCUCGUGUGCUGCUGCUUCUCCUUCGCCAAAGCCACACCUGGCAAGGAAGGGCAAGGGAAGAGCACGCAGAAGAUCGUGAGCGCGCCCGAUGAAGUGGCGGUGCCCACGCUGUGCUUCAACGACGUCCAGGUGGCGACGGACGGCUUCAGCGACGACGCCAUCAUCGGCGGCGCGGGUCACACCACCGUGUAUCGCGGGGAGGGGCCGGACGGGGAGCCGUGGGCCGUGAAGCGCGCCAAGCGCGUGACGGUGUCGGGGUCGCAUCUGUUUCGCAACGAGGUGGACUUUUUGUCGCAGAUCAAGCACCCCAACAUCGUGCCGCUCCUCUACUCCUGCGACGACAACAGCGAGCAGAUCCUCGUUUUCGAGUACCUCGCUAACGGCCCGCUCUCCACGUGGCUGCGCCCGCCGCCCGGGGACGAGCGCGCGGCGCUGACGUUCGAGCAGCGCGUGGAGGCGGCGCUGAGCGUGGGCGAGGCGGUGCAGUACCUGCACUCGUUUAGCCGUCCCACCAUCAUCCACCGCGACGUCAAGUCCGACACCAUCCUGCUCGACCACCAACUCAAGGUGAAGCUGGGCGGGCUGGGGCUGUUGAAGCACCUACCCGGGGAGGGCAUGCGGCUGCGGGUGGCGCGCAAGAAGGGGUACCUGGACCCCGAGUACUUCCAGACCUUCAAAGUCACGCCGCGCUGCGACGUCUAUAGCUUCGGAGUUGUGAUGCUGGAAAUGCUGACAGCGCUGCCGCCCAUAGUGCAGGGCCUGCCGCGCUCCUCCCCCACGGCCGCCGACGCCACUUGUGCAGGGGACGCGCCCUCCCCCUCUCCGCCCAUGUCUCUACCCCAGUGGGCGUUGCCACUGAUUCAGGAGGACCGGGUGGAGGAGCUGGUGGAUCCGCGCAUGCCCCCCGGGUACCCGCGCGACUCGCUCGUGGCGUUUGCACGCAUAGCGGCCGAGUGCGUGGCGCCGCUGCGCAAGGACCGCCCCGACAUGCCGCGCGUCACCUUCCUGCUGGCCGAGCUCAAGCGCCCCGCCGCCCUGCGGUCCGUGGCGUUUGCGCGGUUCUACACAGGCGACCACAAGGCCGUGCCCAUCCUCCACGCCUCCUGACCGCCCCCGCCCGCCCCCCGCCCACGCUGUGCCAUGUGGCCUGCGCCGUGUGCCGUGCCAUGACUACCGCCCAUUAUGCUGUAUCCGCAUCGCCACGGCUCGGCAUCAGUCAAGCCGUCUUGACUGCCGCACUGCACCUUGCACCCCUCGCCGCCACCACCUCCUCCUCUCUUACGUUUCUUGUUGUCAUUCACUGUCUCUCAUCCAUCCUUCUCCCACCCCUCUUCUUCCUCCAUCACCUGCCCCUUGCUCUCCCGGGGUCUGCAGCAUGCGUAGUGCACACCAACAGCCCACCCUCAUCUGCCAGCACUGCUUGCUCUCCACCACACCUGCGCCUGCGCAUCCCCCCUCCCCCAGCCCACCAGCCUGGCCAGACUUGCCUGUGACUCCACUACCACCGCCCACCUUCACUGCCUCCCUUGCCCCUCUCCUGUAGCUCAUCGCCCAGCCAGUGUGUGGCUGCCACGGACACAGGCCACAAGCAGCAGCAGAGGCAGCAUGUAUAAUGCUGGUGGUGGGUGCACAUCCAGCAGCAGAGGUGGCGCUUGCCCGCCCGUUGAGCCUGCUGUGCAGCACCUUGGUCCUUGUGCUCUGCCUGCAAAUAAGUGCACCUGUCAGUCAACCAUUGCCCCUGUAGUCUGCACUCAUUGCUGUCCUUGCUUGCUGCUGCCUUAGUGUUACACCCUGUGUUACAUUCUUGUGUGACACUCAACAUA